GUCCUGGUGCAGCAGACCUUAUAACGGUUAGAGGAAUGCAAUUAUUGCAAAAAGCAGACAUUGUUUUUUAUGACGCUCUGGUGAGUCCUGAGAUGCUGACCUAUUGCCCACAGGCGAUAGCUGUAGCUGUCGGGAAACGUUGUGGGGAGCACUCUUGGAAGCAAAGUGAAAUUAAUACUGCGCUUUUAGAUGCAGUCAAGCAAUAUCCAAUAGUUGUACGUCUAAAGGGUGGGGAUGGGAUGGUGUUUGGACGAGCUGAUGAGGAGUUAACGACUUUGCGUGAAGCUGGAGUUGCUUUUGAGAUUGUCCCUGGUGUUACCAGUGCUUUAGCAGCUAGCGCGUAUUUACAAAAGCCACUGACCAAAAGAGGGCAGGCUCGUAGCGUUUUGUUGGCCACUAAAGCACAGGCAUUAACAUCGGAUGCCAGUAUUGUUGCUCAUGCUGAUACA